ACAUAUGGUACAAAGUCUAUGUUUCACCUGAUAUUCCAAUACGUGCUGCCUAGAAAUCAUCAAAUUAUUAUGGCCUCUUCUGCAGGACGAGCCAAGAGAAGCUAAUGAUAGAAUAUAUCUAAACAUUUCCUUUCUCUUUCCGCACUUUGGGAAAUGUGAAUCUGUACUGGCUGGCAUAGAAGUUUGUAUGAGAUAAAAAAGAAACAGAAUAUCAAGUAUUCGAACACGAAAGAUAUGGGAGCUCAAAGAAAGAGCCCCAGUGUGUCUCGAACAAAGAAUUCAAUCACUCUUCAGUACCUUUUUGAUCUUGAUUCAAGAAGCAAUGUGGGGAGUAAACUUUUGGGCAAUGACCAUAGUGGAAGCAGAUCAUCUUCUGACUCUGAAGAUGAAGAAAUCAUGUCUGUCAUCUCUUACUGCACUGUCACUUAUCCCUUCGACGAUCCUUCAGAGUUAGCUUCUCAUUUUGAUCUCAAGCGCCUCAAGCUCAUCCAGCUCCUCUCAAUCAUAAAAACCUUGAAGAAACCACUAGAAGAUCAAAUCCUGCAACCUCUCUUUCAUAUGCUAUCGUCCAACCUUUUCAGGCCACUCCCUCCACCCUGUAACAACUCCAUAGCCUCUAUAUUACCUGAUGACGAUGAUCUUGUGGCUACUUCCACAGCAGCAUGGCCACAUCUCCAACUCAUUUACGAUAUCCUCCUCCGCCUAAUCAUUAGCAUGGAGGCAAAGGAGCUUCGAGAUUAUAUUGACCAGUCCUUUAUUACAAAUCUCCUUUACCUCUUCCAAUCAGACGACCCGAGAGAACGAGAGAGCCUGAAGAAUGUGUACCAUAGAAUUUAUUCCAAGUUCACUUUCCACCGGGCUCUCAUGAGGAAGGGCAUGAAUGACGUAUUCUUGUACUAUGUUUUUGAGACAGAUGACCAGCGUCAUUGGGGUAUUGGAGAUCUUCUUGAGAUAUGGGGAAGUAUCAUAAAUGGUUUUACUAUUCCAUUGAAGGAAGAACAUAAGCUUUUCUUGAUGAGGGUUCUUAUUCCCCUUCACAAGCCAACAAGUAUGCAGGCAUAUCACAGGCAGUUAUCUUAUUGUGUAUCACAGUUUGUGCAGAAGGAGCCUGUGCUUGGGGGGAUUGCUAUUCGCGGGAUUUUGAAAUAUUGGCCAGUCACUAAUUGCCAGAAGGAAAUUCUGCUAAUCGGUGAACUGGAAGAGCUUGUUGAAUAUAUUGACCCUGGUCAGUACCGUAAAUUUGCUCUGCCCAUCUGUAGCAAGAUAACCAAGUGCUCCAACAGCCGGAACUCACAGGUUGCAGAGCGCGCACUAUAUGUAUGGAAUAACGAGCAGAUGGUGAAGAUGGCAUCACGAGCAAUGGAGGAUGUGUUUCCGGUGUUGGUUCAAGGCAUAGAAAACAACCUAAAGGGUCACUGGAGCAAGGGUGUGCAGCAACUAAGUGAAAAUGUAAAGGCGAUGCUGGAAGAAAUGGAACCUAGUCUAUACAAAAAAUGCCUCCUAAAACUCAAACUUCACAAGUCAGCCACUCAACUAGAAGAGAAGCGAAGAAGAAGGGAGUGGGACAGAAUAGAAACUGCAGCAGCAGCCAAGAAUCAAAUCCUGCAUAAAUCUGUUUCUGAUUGAAGACAAGAUACAACAUACAUAUAUCAAUACCAAAUUGGGUGCUGAUACUUGUCAAAAUAAAUACAUCUGUCUUUUAUUGAAUA